AUGAGCCAGACAAUCGAGCUCCUCUCGGAAGGCGAGUGUCAGGGUGAAUGCCAAUGCACGUGCAGCCAGGCAACAAUGUCUGAAAAAUACACUGACGAAUCUUCCGAAUUGUCACGACAGGACACUGCCCUAGUACUUGAAGGAAACGAAGAGUGGUCGGAAACAUCCGAAAUGGAAUGUCUAUCCGAGCAGGCGUGGUCUGCUCAGGGUGCUAUGCUAGUGGAGCAGGAUCACACUCAUGACCAUGGACAGUGUGAUCACCUACACUGGCAAGGUGUAUCGAUGACCGAGGAUGAUAUAGAAAUUAUUACUGAUGGUUCCUAUGAUAAUUACCACCAGGAUGUCUAUUACAUAGAUCCUGUGGUGGCACAGACUCUCUUCAGUGAUAUUCUCUUACAUCGACAACAUGCGGCUAAUCUACACAUCCAUGUAGAAGCUAAGACAAAAAGACAAAAGUUUAUUGCCCGCGCUGUUAUGAUUGUAUCUAGUGUUAUGUUCACUGUCAGUGUUCUCCUGGUCAUGAUCUCACUGAUAAUGUCGGAUCACAUCGAUGAUCUCGUAAGAGAUGCCAACAACCUCGGAGUACCAACAGAAGCACCUGUAACCACGACAACGUUAGCGGCUAACUCCACUUCAAACUCAACUUUGCUUGACAAUACAAGCAGUAUUUGA